ACGACCACGAAAAUUCCUUGAAGCUGAAGUUCGCUCGCUGCGUUUCCACAUUCGACAAGUCCAGUUUCCCGACAUCACGACAAUCUCUAGUAACCACCAACAUGGCCUCGGUUCAAUCAGUUCAGUGCUUCGGCAAGAAGAAGUCUGCGACGGCAGUUGCGGCUUGCAAGGCUGGCUCUGGCCUCAUCAAGGUCAACGGAAAGCCCCUUAGCCUAGUCGAACCCGCCGUCCUCCGCUUCAAGGUCUACGAGCCCCUUCUCGUUAUUGGCCUCGACAAGUUCGCCAAUGUUGAUAUCCGCGUGCGUGUGAGCGGAGGUGGUCAGACCAGCCAGGUCUACGCUGUCCGACAGGCCAUCAGCAAGGCCCUGAUUGCCUAUUACCAGAAAUACGUCGAUGAGCACAGCAAGAACCUACUAAAGCAGGCUCUCGUUCAGUUCGAUCGUACCCUCCUAGUUGCCGACAACCGACGAUGUGAACCCAAGAAAUUCGGUGGUCCGGGUGCCCGUGCCAGGUACCAGAAGUCUUACCGUUAAAGCGGGAGCGCAAAGCUACGUUUUACUUACGCGGUUGUGGUUCUGGUGGAGAAGAGCGGACCAGUCCUUUGGUACGAGGGAGCACGGCAUACGAACCAUGGAUCAUAUCAACUUAUGCGGGUCUGGUUUUGUCUUCCUUGUCUUUCCUGGUUCUCUGCGAACUCAGGGCAAGUGUCGGUGGUCGCACUAAGGGAGUUAUAAAAGGAAAUCCGGCGAGGCUAUUAGCACCAACUGCCUUCCGUAUGGUCAUUGCAUUUACAUGACAGGAAAUACUGUCUGGCUGUAAAGGGGUUAGGCGAAAUGAAACGACACAAAUUCUGAACAAACAAAAAAAGCCCUACGGUCAAAGUCUUUGUGAAUAAUACUGGCUGGCAUGAUAUGUUGUGCUAUUCGUAUUUGAUGCUAUGGAGGUAAACUGCCGAACCAUAAUUCAAGGUCGGCUUGACCUUGAGCUCGAAAGCUAAUGUUCUUCGAGUGACUAGCUGAUUUCAUCAAAUCACCCAGGAGACAAGUGACAUGUCUAGGUAUAUUGAGGCUUAUCAGAUGUGAUAUAACCCAAGCUAUACGUAGGUAUUCUAUUUACCUAUUUGGUGGUGACACCCCUACGUCUAAUCCGGCCCCAGCUCGGGGAGUUGGAAGCAUGACUAUUCGUUUCUUGAUGCAUUCCACUCUUGCCGAGUCCCCGUGGGGUGGGUAAGGUUAUAUAGAUCAAGACUCCCAAAUAGAGGAUGCGCAAUAUACCCGGCC